UGUGCACUGUGUUGGUACUGCUGUUCUCCGUCGGUAAGGGGCUUUUUCGGGAGAUAAUUUUUCAGCAACACAGUGUAAAUAUUUUUCGAAAAAUAGUGUUUCUUUUAUCCAAAAAUUGUUCAGUUUUUGGGGGUGGAAAGUUAAAAUUGGGUGCCGGUGUUGACCGCAAAAAGCGCGUGGGAGCCGCCUUCCAAUUUGGAGAGUGACGUUGUGUUGUACAGGCACGGAUACGGCGGGUCUAGGGUGACAGGAACAGGGUGGGGGUGGGCCCUUCAGGAAAAGCAGCGAGGCGAGAGACAACAGUCGCACGCAGAUCGCCGUGUUGUUAGGCCGCCGUAUUUUUCAAAGGGGAAACCAGCCACAUUUCUUAAAUAUUGUAUAGUGCUCUCUCAGUCUCAAAAACCAUAGUUUUUUUUCACAACACGACUCUCGACGACUCAUUCUUACUUUCGGCCUAGUUCCUUCUUUAUUUAUUCAAGCAACAAAAUAUUUAUUUUAUCCCAUUUUCGGUAUCACAGGUGUGUGUCUUUUCUAUGGUGCAUCUCUCUUUCGCGUGUGAUUUUCUAUCAUCAUUAUUGGAUUGCAGUGUUGGAAAAAAAGGAGUUAAAAUAGGUGUCGUUGAUCUGGAAAGAAAAGUUUUUUCUCGUGACUAAUAAGUGACAGACGUGAUUUUCUCAUUCGCAUUUAACACUCACGAUAAUGACCCGAACGUGUUGUAGAUCCUGGAUUGGAUACGAAGCUGAAACAGUGCCUUGGUUUCACCUUCCAUGAGAUUUGUUUGUCAGAAACUUGAUUUUUAAAUCGAAACAACAAGAAAAAAUAUGUGCUAGAGAAAAUUUUAUUUUAGGAACAAAGAAUUAGGGUGAUUUCUUAAGUUUUGUUACAAGGAGUACCAGGAGGAAGUUUUAGGAACAAAAUAGUGGUGUUUCUUUUUGUUUCUUUUUGUUUUUUUAAUAGUGAGAGUGGUUGUGUGCAGAAAGUUAGUGCACAUUUAUGACCCGAAAUAAAAAUUGUGGUGUGUCACUCUUUCAGGGGUGAUAUGUUAUUGGAGAUGGAGCAACAUUCGGGCCUGAUAUCCCUGAACAUGUCGCCAUUCCAGUUGAGCCCUCAGGGCAGUCCCCAAGGUGCUGGCACUGGUCAGCAACAGCAACAACAACAGCAGCAACAACAACCCCAACACGCGAGUCAGUAUGGAUCCUCCCCCUAUGGUAAUUGUGCGCAAAGUUCGCCAUCAAAUAUGUGUCAUCCCCAACAAAAUCAGCAACAAUCCCAAAUGUCGAGUCACAACCAAUCGCAGCAAAGCGGAGGUGGCGGUAUGUCAGGUUUUGAGGCGGCAUUCUUUGACGCCACGAGCCUCGAGGAACGUUGUCCAAUGUGCGGUGAUAAAAUGUCCGGCUAUCAGUAUGGUCUCUUAACGUGUGAAUCUUGCAAGGGUUUUUUUAAGCGCAAUAGUUCGCCAUGUAGCAGUAAAAAGGUCUACACAUGUCUAUUUUCGCCAACAGGCGGAGGCAGCUGUGGUACAUCGUCGGCCUUGGAGGGUGGCACUUAUGCCGGUGGUGGCAAUACCGGCGGCGGCAACAACAAUAAUAACAACAAUAAUGCCGGUAAUGGUGCAGGAGGUGGCAAUAAUGCUGGACCAACUGGUGCCGGCGCCAGCGGGAACGUUGCCAUUCCUGGUGCACUUUGUCAUCCGAGUCUAGCACAGGCGGGUGUGGGUGUCGUGACCGGUUCCAUUCCUGGACCAUCGGACUUUCCUGAUACCAAGGACGUCAUCGAGGAAUUGUGUCCUGUGUGCGGCGACAAGGUGUCAGGUUAUCACUAUGGAUUACUCACUUGCGAGUCCUGCAAAGGAUUCUUCAAGAGGACGGUCCAAAAUAAAAAAGUCUACACCUGCGUUGCUGAGAGGUCCUGUCACAUUGAUAAGACACAGAGGAAACGAUGUCCGUUCUGCCGGUUUCAAAAGUGCCUUGAAGUUGGCAUGAAACUCGAAGCUGUGAGAGCGGACAGAAUGCGAGGCGGUAGAAAUAAAUUUGGGCCAAUGUACAAGAGAGAUCGAGCGCGAAAAUUGCAAAUGAUGCGACAAAGGCAAUUGGCAUUGCAAACAAUUCGCGGUAGUCUUGGUGAUCCAUCGAAUUAUCCAUCGGCAGUGACGCCGUUUUUGCACAUUAAACAAGAAAUUCAGAUACCUCAGGUCUCGAGUUUGACGUCGUCGCCAGAUUCGAGUCCAUCGCCCGCUGCAGUGGCCGCUGGUUUGGUUACGACGCAAGCGGGCAGCGGUGGCGGGAGUGGCGGCGGUGCCGGUCAACAUCAAUUAAUAGCGCCAUCGUCACAGCCAAAUAUUUCAGCGGGCAAUCAUUUACAUAAUCCGAAUCCAAGUCUCGAGAGUAAAUUAUGGGCGGCAAAUUCCACGACACCAAGCCCGAAGGCCUUUAAUUUUGGUGAACAAUCGCAACAACCCCACGGUACCAAUGCAACAAAUAAUACAGCCACGUCGACACCAUCAGCAGUGGCACAACUCAAAACUAGUCCGAUGAUCAGAGACUUUGUGCAAUCGGUUGACGAUCGCGAGUGGCAAACAUCAUUGUUCGGGUUGCUGCAAAAUCAAACGUACAAUCAGUGUGAAGUGGACUUAUUUGAACUUAUGUGUAAAGUGCUCGACCAGAAUCUCUUCUCGCAAGUCGACUGGGCGAGGAAUUCGGUUUUCUUCAAAGAUCUCAAGGUUGACGACCAAAUGAAACUUCUCCAACACUCCUGGUCUGAUAUGUUGGUGCUUGAUCAUCUACAUCAGAGGUUACACAAUAAUCUGCCAGACGAGACAACACUUCACAAUGGGCAAAAGUUUGAUCUCCUUUGCCUCGGCCUAUUGGGGGUGCCAUCAUUAGCCGAUCUUUUCAACGAUCUUUCCUCAAAAUUGCAAGAAUUAAAAUUCGACCUGUCCGAUUAUAUUUGCAUGAAGUUCCUGAUGCUGCUUAAUCACGAUGUUCGUGGAUUGGUAAACAAAAAGCAUGUACAAGAGGGUCACGAGCAGGUUCAACAGGCAUUAUUGGAUUACACGAUGACCUGCUAUCCAUCCAUACCUGACAAGUUUAACAAAUUGUUAGCAGUAUUACCAGAAAUUCACGUGGUGGCGAGCAGGGGAGAGGAUCAUUUGUACCAAAAGCACUGCAAUGGAGGCGCACCAACGCAAACACUUCUCAUGGAAAUGUUACACGCUAAAAGGAAAUGAAACAACUUUCACUACCGGCAUUAUUGUCGGGCAAUUGAGGGUUGUUCGAAAACCUUUCCGUUUUAUUGCGAAGGUCCCGAUGAUAAAGCCCCUUACCGACGGACCUCGGUAUCUCGGCGAUUGGGAGCCGUUUAGGUAAUCGUUUCAAAAAGAAAGAAAAAAAAGAAAACAGAAAAUUAAGCAAGAAAAAAAACAGUAAAAUUUUGCAAAAGAGCAACAAAAAAGCAAAAGAAAGAAAGAAAGAAAGAAAGAAAUAAUACACAAACAAAAAAUCAAGUAUAGACAUUAAUACUUUACAAAGCAUACAAGUCUAUGUAUAAAUAAUGUGUAAAUCUAAAAAAAAAUAUAUUAUAAAAAACAUAACGACAUAUAUUUUCUAUAAUUGAUGUUGAAGUUUUAGAGAUGUAUCUGUGGAGAAAAGUAAAAAAAAAAGAAGAAAAACACUAAAAUAAUAAUCGGCUCCCGUGAUCGGUGUCGAGGGGGUUGGGGGGUAGGGUACAACGGCGACAAGCGCAGGGAAAAAAAUUAGUAAGCGAGAUGCCUUGAAAAACAGUACAAAGGGGUGGUUUAAAACAAAUUAUCGGUCAAAGGGCAGGCAACUUUUGUCAUAAAUAAGGAUAUAUUAAAAAAAAAACUAUUUUUCUAAUAACUUAGAGAACGAUUUAUUUUUAAGUACCAUACCACUGAAGCCUUGCUCUCAAAUUAAGAAUGGAAAAAGAAAAAUACAAAUACCCAACGAUCUAUCAUUCUUCACAAUAUUAUUAAUUAUAAUAAAUACGUAUUCCGAACCAUUAAACUCUCCCUCGUUCCGCAUUUUAUCUUUCAAAUCAUUCAAAAAUUGUCAGAUUUUAACCACUUACUUUCUAUAAAGGCAAACAAAAAUAUUCAAGUUUGUAAAUGUUAUUUUUAUAAAUUGAAAACCAUAUAUUUUUUUAUUGUUAUUGAUCUUAGAAAUUUUAUUUUUUUUAUAUUUUUUACUUUCUUUACUAUCACAAUAUUUUGUGGGGGCAAAAAAAAUUGAAUAAUCGCGAUAAGAAUUAGUAGUUUUAUCUAAUUUCGGAGGAGGCAGAGUUUAUGGAUCUCAAAAUAGGGCAGGGGAGGGAAGGGAGGGAGGGAAAGAAAAAUCCGACUCGCCAGCCACACUUGUGCUUCUGCAAGGGAUUCAACGGGCAUACUUUUUUGAGCGACAGUAAAUAAAAAUCGAUUGUGAUAUAAAUAAAUAAAAAAAAAUUACAUGUAUAUAUAUAAAAUAUUUAUAUAAAAUAUUUUUAAUUAUAUUUUAUAUAAAUAUAAUAAAUAUAUGUAGCAAAAAGCAAAAAAAAAAAAAAACAAUACUAUGUAUCUGUACGUGUAACGUUUUAUCACACGGCCACCUAGGCAUCCUUAGAACUUCCUGUCGAAUGAAAAAAAAAUAUAUCUGCAUUUUUUUUGUCACAUUUGCACAGCAACAGGGCUACUACUAUUCUGUAUUGUAAAUACUAGUUAACACAUUCCAAUUACGUUGUAUAGUAUACAAAAAAAAGAAGAAAACAUCAUGUUAAAUAUGUAAUUAUUAUAUGGAUAUUUCGUGUAUAGAGUUUAAUGAAAUAAAUAUAUUUCUGUUGCUUAUUGAAAAAAAAA